AAAAGAAUAGACAUUGUGAGCUUUCUAGCCAAUCAAUUCGAUUUAUUUAUGGAUCUACUCACAACACGCACAUCUCAUGCUCACAUCCAAUCCGGUCCAUAUCCAUUCGAUCAACCUAUAGAGACUGGUUCACUCAGGUCAGCAUUCUUAAAGACUUGAUAUGGGAAAAGACGAAAUCAAUCAUUCCUGUUCUGUUGCAAAGGGCAAACAUAGCUCCAAAAACUAUGAAUCGAUAGAUCAAACAUCAUCUAUACCGAUCCCUAUCAGAUGUGAGACAGAAGAAGACGUUAAAGAAACAAAGGAGCAGAUAGAGCGAAGACUUGUUAGAAAGCUUGAUUUCAGUCUUGAUAGAAAUAAUAUCGGCAACGCCCGUUUGGGAUCUUUAGAAAAAGACUUGAACCUUGUAGGAAACGAUUAUUACACGGCUUUGACCAUUUUCUUUGCUGGCUACGUUCUUUUCCAUAUUCCAUCCAAUUUAUUGGUCAAAUGGUUGAGGCCUUCUCGAUGGAUUUCAGGCACGAUGAUUUUAUGGGGAGUAUGUUCUCUCUGUCAAGCAUUUACGCACAAUGCUGCUGGUCUGAUUGCUUGUCGGUUCUUUCUGGGCAUUUUUGAAACAGGCGUUGGGCCUUCGACUCCCUUGUUUUUGUCGUUUUGGUAUCAGCGAAACGAACUGGCCAGUAGAGUAGCGGUUUAUUUCGGAUCGGCGACUGUGGCGGGUGCAUUUGCCGGUGCUGUUGCCUACGGUAUUUUGGCGACAUUGGAAGGCGCGCAUGGAGUGGCAGGAUGGAGGUGGUUAUUCAUUUGUGAGGCCCUCCCGACCAUUGUGUUGGGCUUUUUGAGUUUUAUCGUAUUGCCUGAUAUACCAGAGACAGCUGGGCGCUGGCUCACACCCGAUGAAAAAGAAGUGGCCAUUCAAAGAACACGACGCAGUGGUAAUACAGAUGACAAAGCGUUUGAUAAGAAGCAGUUGGUGGCUGCUCUGAUGGAUUACAAAUUGUUAUCUACAUUGGUUUGAAUGUUGCUCUCGCUAGCUUUGCCGUGUUCUUACCUACGAUUAUCCGUGACAUGGGUUUUAGUUCUCUCCAUGCUCAGCUUUUA